AUGGAGGCACGCAAACCAGUACCGUGGUCAAAUUUGGAGGUGCAGACAUUUUUGUGCUUGGUGGCAGAUGAUCGAAUCCAGAGUGAGCUAGACGGAGCGACGAGAAAUGAGAAAGUGUACCGUGAGGUAUCCGAGCUAAUGGCUGCUCACGGAUACCAUCGCACAACACAGCAGUGCAGACAAAAGCUAAAAAAAAUGAAAAGCGAUUACCGGGCCAUCAAGGACCACAAUGGCCGGAGUGGAUCGUACCGAAAGAACUGGAAGUGGUUUAACCAAAUGGACGCCAUUUAUGGGAAACGACUGGACAGCAACGGUGGGGAGAGCGGGCUCGAUAAGGCCACCGCACUGCUGGAAGCCAUGGAGGAUGAUGAAACACAGUGGUUGCCUGAUGAAGUCCAAGUGCUGAUGACCCUUUGGGCGCAACCAAACAUUCAGAAACAGCUUCUCACCACAGCCAGCGAUCAAGUUUUCACAUACCUCAGCAGAGGUAUGUCGCGGGCUGUUUGGACAUCAGAUGAAGUCUCAGUUCUGCUCACCCAAUGGGCAAAGGAAAGCAUCCAGGAGCAGCUUCGAUCAAAUCCGAGAAACGAGAGAGCGUUCGCUCAGCUGAGCUCCGAGCUCGCCACUCAGGGUUUUGAUAAGACCACAAGUUUCCAUUUGUCCGUCUCCUCAUUGUGCCUCCUGGUUCCAACGCUGCGUCUGAUGUGCGCCUUUGCCUGGCAGGUGGUUCAGUGUUGUAAUGUGGCGCAUUACAGAAAGGUGGAGGAGCUGCUUGUGCUGGAGUUGUGUCUCAGCGAGAGCACAGCUAAACUGCUGAAUAUCCAGCCCCACCUUAAGGUCAUUGAAGACCUCACCUUAAGCUCCAGCAGUGAUCAGCAGGAUGUGGCUGAGCUGGAAAAUUCAAAGUCAAACUUUGUGGAGGUUGUUCGUGCCAUACUCAAGGACCCAGAGGAGAGACAAAGGUUCUUUAAGGAGGUCUUCCCUGUAUACUAUGGCAAACAGUAUGAAGUCACAUUGCACAGUUUGGUAUGGAAAUUCAUCUCCAGGCUGGACAAUCUAUUACCAAUCCCUGAUAUUAGACAGACUGCAGAGUGGCUCAGGUCUGCUCCUUCUGUCACAGAAGAAUGUGCACAGCUAAUUUUGGAACCAGAUCAGCUGAAGGCACUACUGAACUUCCAUCAGCAACAGUCAGGAAACCCAAACAAACGCUGUUCUCAAGUUGAGAAUAUGUUUUUACCCAAGCUGUCGCUUAAUCCCAAAGGAAACUUGCAGCAACAAGUUUCAGAGCAACAGAUGGAGUUAUCAAGUGACAAAGAUGGAGGACAGUCUGAUUACAGCAAGGCCGAAGAGCCAGCUGAGGAGAACCAAACCAAUGAUGAAGCACCUGUGGAGGACUGCAGCAAAGAAAAUGAAGACUUAAAGUUAAGAGAUGAACAAAGCAAUGGCGUGACACCUUCUUCCUGCUCAGAUUUAAAUUCUACACCUGUGGUGCUGCAGACCUGCUCUGUGUGUCCAUACUCUGACAGCCAUUUGUCAGGGCUUCUCAAGCACAUCCGAGAGGAGCACCUGAUCAAGGAAUCUAGCCAUCUUCCCAUCACAGAACCUGGGGAAGACCACACAUUUCCCAGGGUCAAGACUCAAACCUGCACUCCUGAGAUGAGGAUAACUGACACUUGUGAGUACUGCGGGAAGUUCUUCAAGGAUGUGUCAGCACUAACCAGCCACAUUAAAACACACACUCGUCCAUACCACUGUGACAUGUGUGAUAAGAAGUACCCGUACAAGAGGUUGUUGACGGUGCACCGUCGGAUUCACACAGGCGAGACUCCCUAUCUGUGUUCGUACUGCGGUCAACGCUUCAGGUCUUCAAACCUCCUCAAGAUCCACGUUCGCACACACACAGGAGAACGCCGCUACAAAUGCCACAUAUGUGGAAAGACAUCAAUCCAACAUCUGUCGAGACACAUGCGCAUGCACCGAGGGGAAAAGAACUAUCUGUGUACAGAGUGCGGGAAGGCUUUUCUCUCCUCUGGGGAGCUGAGGCUUCACAUGAGGUUUCACACAGGUGAGCGGCCUUACACGUGCAAACACUGUGGGAAAGCCUUCACCGCAAAGUGCAGACUGACAGUUCAUAUCCGCCAGCACACGGGAGAGUGUCCUUACAGGUGUUCGGUGUGUCCGAAAUCCUUCCGCACUUUGAGGGCGCAGAAAAGACACCUGAUGAUUCACUCGAGCAAAAAGUCUUUCCAGUGUUUGAAGUGUGGUAAAAUAUUCAGGCAAGAAGAAACCUUUAAAAUGCACGUUGAAACACACAAUUGAUUCAAAGGGGACCUGUUAUGCUUCCACUUGUUUUCUGUCCAAAUUUUGAAGUAAUGAGGUUAGGGUUCGUACAGGGAAAUCACAUAAGCCAAAAGCUCUGGCUUCAGACUGCUCGGUUUGUGCCAGUAUUUUUUUUUCUCUCUUGGAUCUGUAUGAUGUCAUUUAGAGCAGAUAUCUUCAUCUCAGGCACAGCAGACCCACAAGAGGCAAACAGUCAGAAGGCUUAAAGAGAGAUGAGAGGGAGCUAAAAUGGCUUUUUGCACACAGUGGCUGCACCAUGGCCAGGUAUAAGAUGCAUCAGGUAGUGUCUUCAAUAAAAAUAUGCAGCUGGAAAUAAGCAUAAUAGGUCCCCUCUAAAAAUAUUUAGGAGUGUAGUUUCAUCAACCAGCCAGGUUUUAAAAUUCUCAUUCAGCUCUUGUUACUUUUAUUAAUAUCAGUGUUUUGCCUUAGGUUAAAAAGAGUUGUAUUAGUUACAUUAUAAAUACAGUGAAUCCAUUAGUGCAUAAAGAACCAGCUAAGUUGUUAUUUCCUGGAAACUAAGUUUCUUUCAGUUACUCCUUUAUUUGCAACAGCAAAUGGAUCCACACAUGUGAUUUGGCACAGAUUGUUAUGUCAGAGACCCUUCCUGAGACAACCAUCCCGGGGAUUUGGGUCUCCUCCCGGUCUUGAACUGGGGAUCUUUCCUGUGUUAGGCAAAUGUUUUCUACAGUCCAGUUAGUGCACAGUUAAUCUUAAGAGUUUCUAUGAGCCACAGACUGAAUCUUUGACAUUUGUUAGCGA